CGCAUUCUUCAUUCUUCAUAUCGUACGUUCCCAAUUUCUUCCUCCCUUGCGAGAACACACAGCGCCGUUCCCAAUUUCUUCAUCGUCCCAAUUUCUUCAUUCUCAUUCUUCAUCGUCCCAAUUUCUUCCCUUGCGAGAACACAUAGCGCCAUCGUCCCUAAUUUCUUCCCAAUUUUCAUUCCCAAAUCGUCAAAUCCCUAAAAAUCCCAAUUUCUUCAAUCAUUCUCCAAACCCUAGACGGCGACCCCUUUAUCAUUCUCCAAAUUUGCUUCAAUCUGCGGUGACAAGCUUCAAUCUGCGGUUACCAGUGGAGUUGGGUUGCUUCUGCUCGAUUUGUUUGGAUAGAAAGAGUUGGGUUGGUGUUUAUUAGUUCCUCAAGGUGUGUUUUUUCACACUUUUUGUCUUUUAUUUUCACUGAAAUACGAGAGACCUGUGGUUUACAACCAACAUAGUAUGUUUUGGGUAUUCUUGUUCUUUCUGUUGGGGGUUUUGUAUGAUAUUGUUGCUUGCUGGUCAAAUUUUAAUUUUUGAAAUUCAAGAGUUUUCUUCAGGUUUAAUGGUUCUUUGUUACUUUCUCAGAGUAUAUAUUUGAAAUCUUCUGUCUAAUUCCAAUGUGAAUAAUGCAUUGCUUAAGUAGAAGAGUUACAAUAAUGUCUCUCCCUUAGAUCAAGGGAUAAUUGAGUGAAAAGUAAAGAAAUUGGUCGUAAUAAACGGAUUGACAGAUUUAAUGAGAGAGAAGAAAAUGUCAAGAUGGAUGUAUUUAACACGUUCAUUGAGCUCUUGCGUCAAACUGGAAAUGUCACAAAAGGGAAGACUGAUGCAAAUGAAACGAGGCAUUCAUUAAAUAUAAGUUACUGAUUUCACCUAGUGGGAUAAGGUUGAUGGUGGCAUUGGUUAUGUUUUUAUUAUUCAUAGUCCACUUCUUUUUCUAUGGAAUAUAAUUUGUAAUUUCUAAAGCACUUUUUUUGUACUCAAUAGUUCAAGCUUUUGGUUCAAUUGUUUCUCUGACGUGUCAUAUCCUAGUUAACUGUGUUGCCACAAACAACUACCAAUCUUUUUUGAGUUAAGCCUUAUGUGUUGAUUUAGUCGUUUAAUAACUGUUAAUAUAUACAGCAGGCAGUUGUAAGUAGUCUUUCUCUGCAUUUUUAGUUAAGUUGUCUUCAUGCGAGAGUUUGUCUUACGAAAUCCAGCCCUCGGUUUCCACAGCAAAAGCCCUUACAGUUGUUCUUUGACACACUUUAUUGAUUUAUAUUUGUUUGUUAAAUUCUUCUGUGGAAGGAAUGUUUGCCAAUCCAAUGUAUGUGGAAUAUAUAUGGCUGCAUUUCAUAAUUGUAUUUGUUUCUAUUUUUAGGCUCUUUCUGCUCCUGUGCUAUCAGCUGUUGGUGACCGAUAUUACAAGGUCACAGCAGAGGCCUUGAGGGUGUGUGGAGAACUUGUUAGUGUUGUGCGGCCUAACAUUCAGGGGUCUGGUUUUGAUUUCAGACCAUAUGUCCAUCCCAUAUAUAAUGGCAUUAUGUCAGACCAUAUUGUUGCUGCAUUUCUUUUGCCCUGCAAACCAAAAUUCUGAUCAGAUGUUGAAGGGCAUUAAUUGAUUUACAGAAUUUCUGUUGAAGUUUCUGUUGUCUCUCUUUCAUUUCUAGAUUUUGAUGUUUUCUUCAUUUUGAAUUCCAAAGAGAUUUCUAAAUUCUAAUUAUUGCUAGAGUCUAUUACUUAUUCACCGAUCUAAUUAUUGCUAGAGUCUAUUACUUAUUCACCGAUCUAAUUAUUGCUAGAGUCUAUUACUUAUUCAUCUUCUAUCUUCUCAUCCCUCUCAAAAUCCCAAAAACUAUGAAUCGUGUAUUAUCAUCAUCAUUUUACAAACACUGUAACAGAGCAAUUCACCAAACCAUACCAAAGCACCGAAACGAAACCCAACUCCAAACCGCCGGUCCGGUAGCUUCUCUCAUAAAAUCCCGCUCCGUCAUACGAUUCCGAGGACCCGACACCGUCAAAUUCCUUCAGGGACUAUUAACCAACGAUAUACGCAAAUUUGGUGAACCUAUUGGCGAUAAAACUGCCAAUUUUCCUACACCCAAUGUUCCCACUACUUCUGUUACUCCUAUCUAUGCUGCCUUGUUAACACCUCAAGGUAGAUUCCUCUACGACCUCUUUCUCUAUAAACCGCCAAACUCUGAUACUAAACUUGAUACUACCGGUACUGGACCUGCUUCUGAUCCGAAUCAACCCUUUGAAUUGUUUGCUGAUGUUGAUGCUUCUGUUUUGGAUGAAUUGUUGGCAACGUUUACCAAGUACCGGUUGAGGUCGAAGGUUGAAAUUGAUAAUGUUGCUAGCGAAUUCUCAUGUUGGCAGCGUUAUGGUUCUGGCCCUUCUGACAAUUCCUCGGAUGUAGAAGAACCAGAAGCAGCGUCUGUUGGGUGGGGAGCUGGUGAGGAUGGUGCUGCAAUGUCGUCCUCUAGUGAGGGUAAUCUUGGAUGGCAAUGGUUUAAGGAUCCCAGAUUGGCCUGUCUUGGUUUCAGAGGGAUCUUUCCAUCAAAUAUCAUUCCACCUCUAAUUGAGGCUGACAAAGAGACUGAUGAACAGAAUUACCUUAUGUGGAGAAUAGAGAAGGGAGUAGCAGAAGGAUCAAUUGAGAUUCCAAAAGGUGAAGCAAUGCCACUUGAGUAUAAUCUAGUUGGCCUUAAUGCAAUCAGCUUUGACAAAGGUUGCUAUGUCGGGCAGGAACUCAUAGCACGUACACACCACAGAGGGGUGAUUCGGAAGCGAUUAGUUCCUCUAAGGUUUCAAGAUAAUGAUGGGAAAGAAGUCAUAGACAAAGUCAUUCCUGGCUCCGAAGUAGUAAACAGAGAAUCUGGGAAAAAAGCUGGUUUAGUGACUACUGCUCUGGGAUGUCGUGGGUUGGGGCUCUUGCGGCUGGAGGAAGCUUUAAAAGGUUCCACUGCUUUGUCCAUUCAAGGACAAGAGGAUGUGAAGGUUGUCGCUAGUAAACCAGAUUGGUGGCCUUCUGAUUGGCUUCAAGAUCUUCAACAGCACACUGCUUUUGCAUAGGAUGCUCAAUCUCAUUCAAAAGACAAGUAUCUUUUAACAAGUAAGUGGAUAAGGAAACUGUGACGGCGACUGUAGUGGAUUUUCUUGCUGAGUGAGUUAUGGAAACGACAGUUAAGUCAUAUUUCCUUCUUAGAAACCUUAAUGUAGAACAAUUUUGUUUUCGUUAGAAAAGAAUCAUUAUGUAUUUUAUUAUAAAUUUGUACAAAGCCCUGCCGUCAAAUUCAUUUUGCUUGAUGAGUAGUAUAAGCUGGAAAAAUAUAACCAGUGUAAACUUAAUGGCACAGAGAGACCAUUUGUACCAGAUGAAUAAUGAAAGGCUAGAAAGUUUGGAUAUCUAUGUUCCUAAUAUCAAUGUAGUAGACAGACUUGUUACUUUAUCAAAAAAAUAAAAAGCAGUAGAUUUUUUAUUUUAA